UUUUAGACUACGACUUCCCAAAAUCCAAAGAACAGUGUCGAGCAAAACUAAGAGAGCAGUUCGAAAAGCAUCGUGAUGUGAAAGAUAUUCGUGUCAUUGAUAUGCUGGUCAUUAAGGGUCAAAUGGAGUUGAAGGAGACAGUUGAAAUUUGGAAGCAAAAGCAUGGAAUUAUGUCAUAUUGGAGGGAUUCUGUUGAUCCAAAACCAAAGGACUUUCUUAGCAAAUUCUUGGACGGCCAUGAAUGAUUUUGAAUAUUUCUAAAACCUAGACUUACGUUAUUAAAUUAAAAUGCAAAAGUUUUGUCCAUAUCCUGUUGGGCUCAUUUGUGUACAUACACUGUAAAUAUAUUUUGUUUUCUUAAAACUACUAUAUCUGGCUUGAAAUUUCAUUCAAAAUCACUUGCCCCAGAAGUCUUGUUAGAAUUUUCUGUUGAUGAAAAUGGAUGUGCUGUAGAUGGUUAAUAAAUACAUUUGAGAUAAAA